AUGGGGAAGUACUUCCACUUGUAUGAGAACAUCUCCAACAUCAGCCCUUUCGAGGGGCCACAGUACUACUUGGCACCUUUAUGGGCUUUCUAUCUGCAAGCUGCCUUCAUGGGCACUGUCUUCUUUGUUGGAACACCUCUAAACUUCGUUGUUCUACUUGUGACAGUGAAAUACAAGAAACUGAGGCAGCCCUUGAACUACAUCCUGGUCAAUAUUUCUUUUGCUGGCUUCUUAGCCUUGAUAUUCUCAGUGUUUCAAGUGUUCAUUGCCAGUUGCAGAGGAUACUUUUUCCAGGGCCCUUUUGCUUGUGGUGUAGAAACAUGGAUUGGAUCUGUAGCAGGAUUGGUGACAGGAUGGUCCUUGGCUGUCCUUGCCUUGGAGAGAUAUGUGGUCAUCUGCAAACCUUUAGGCCAGUUCAAGUUUGGGAGCAGCCAGGCUGGGGCAGCUGUGGCCUUCACCUGGUUCAUGGGAAUUGCAUGUUCCACCCCACCAUUCUUUGGCUGGAGCAGGUUCAUUCCUGAGGGUCUGGGUUGCUCCUGUGGACCUGACUGGUACACUCACAAUGAAGAGUACCACUGCACAAGCUACACCUACUUCCUGAUUGUGACCUGCUUCAUAAUGCCCAUGACCAUCAUUAUCUUCUCUUACGCCCAACUUCUGGGUGCACUGCGAGCUGUGGCAGCUCAGCAGGCUGAAUCAGCCUCCACUCAGAAGGCUGAGAAGGAAGUCUCCAGGAUGGUCAUUGUGAUGGUGGGCUCCUUUGUAGUGUGCUAUGCCCCCUAUGCUAUUACAGCAAUGUGGUUUGGCAUUGCGGAUGAUAAAAACAAAGAUUAUCGCAUGGUCACCAUCCCAGCAUUCUUUACGAAGAGUUCCUGUGUAUAUAAUCCUCUAAUCUAUGCCUUCAUGAACAAACAGUUCAAUGCGUGCAUCAUGGAGACAGUAUUUGGGAAGAAGAUGGAGGAGACAUCUGAGGUGUCCUCCAAGACUGAAACCUCCACAGUCUCCACUGCAUAAGGCCUGCCAGCUGAGUUGCUAUGUAAAACGGGCAACAGGCAUGAUCCUUCCCAACAUGCAGUUCUCCCACAUACUCAAUGUCUGAUAUAAGUCUACAGUAUAUCCUUAUACAUGCCUCGUUUUCCCACAAAAAUGCUGCUAUCAAGAUGAUAAUAUUGCUUGAUAUAUUCUGUUACUUUUAAAGCUUAGUAUACAUUGCAAAUGUCAAUAAGGUCAAAAAGCAAAAGGUCAAAAUUAAAUAAAUGAAAAGAAGAAUUAUGUUUCAAUAACUUUUACUUUCACAGAAAGCAGUACAUGAGAAACACCAAGAAAAAUCAUAUUGUGGAAACUUAGUCUGUGAAACCUUUUGUAAUCGCCUUAUGCAAAAAUAAAUGUUGUUUGUGUAUGUACAUUGUCGGUCCAUUUGAAACUGAAGGCCAAUAUCUUUAAAAAAAAAAGUUUUUCUUUACAGGAUAAGCUUUGUGAUACAUAGCAUUCACCAGG